AGUAAUGUAUAUUGAGUAAUGUUGGUGAUGACCGAUUUUUCAGUUAAUUAAGUUUCGUCAUCCAUGUAUACUGUUGGAUAAGAUUCGUCACCCCCUCUUUUUUCAACUCGAGCAUUCAACACAGGCCUCUCUACAUAAAUGCAUGUACUAAUGCUAGCGAAUACUCGCCACAAGGGGGCGCACUCGAAUGGGGAGUCUCCGCACUCCAGUCCCGCAUACCGAACGAUGCCGAAUCUCGUCACCCAAGUCCGCAAUGGUGUAACAAUACUCGGUGCAAUCUGGUUCUAGCUUUCAAGGAGAAAGGUCGCUACUUUUUGUCGCUGCGUUUUGGUACACUUUUUCUGGAAAUUAUCUACCAAAUGUGCUUGGAUUUAUAGUUAUAAGUCAUAGUAAUUGCUUUUUUUCAUUCUGGAUAGUGUUAUUUUGUAUCUUUUAAGGAGAUAAGGUAGGCAUUUAUAUAUAAUUAUACAUUUUUCGUUUUCUGUGUGUGUUUGCGUGUGUGUAUGGGUGUAUGAUCAUACUUCACGCAGUUUAAGCGUAGCAAGCCGUACGGGCUUUAAUGGACGGAAUGGACGACCCCUAUUCUUCCGGGGAGGAAGCUUACGACCGCACAAUAAUCAAUGAGGGUCGGGGUUUUUUCGGGAUGGGGAGGGGAAUCCUUAGAUCAUCGAGACGAUUGGAGAAAAAUCGACAGAAGCUCAAAAAAAAGGCGAAGAGCUGCUAGUAGUAGCCCAACAGUGACACAAAACCCAACUAAAGAAGAAACCAACUACAUGGUAACUGUAAAAGCGACGGAAGAGGGAAAAAAUAUCUGUUCACUUAACCCAGUAAAAAUAGUCGAGGAAAUAAAUAAAACAAUAGGAGAAAUCAAGAAAAUAAAGAAAGUAAAUGCUACCAUUAUAAUUACAUGCACGAACAAAGAACAAAUGACAAAGGCGCUAAAAAUCACUGAAUUGGUGAAACUCCAUGUAACUUGUGUUACAUACCAAACAAAAUCCAAAACAUGCAAGGGUGUCAUUCACAAUGUAGACAUCACUAUACCCGAAGAAGACCUGUUUCACCUUCUCAAAGACCAACAAGUAUGCUAUGUGAAAAGAUUCCGUAAAAGGACAAACGGAACCCUAGCCCCCACCCCUUCAGUUUUGCUAUCUUUUAAUAACGAAAGCAAACCCACGAAGGUAAACUUUCUUUAUGAGUCCUACACUGUAGACACGUAUAAUCCACCAGUGGUACGCUGCCAUAAAUGCCAGUUAUUUGGUCAUGUACAAAAAUACUGCAAAAAAGAAAUACGAUGCGUAAGAUGUGGAGAAAAACAUGCUUUUGAACAAUGCCAAAAAAAAGAAGAACCUAAAUGUUUCAGAUGCAAUCAAAAUCACUCGGCAGCCUACAAAGGAUGCACGUUUUAUAAAACAGCACAGAGUAUACAAACCAUAAAAAUAAAGAAGCAACUAACAUAUGCCCAGGCCACGCAAGAGUUCAAAAGACAACCGAUCCCCAUACAACCCAGACAAACAAACAACCCGUCACCCAAAUAAAUAGCCAGCCCACACACAAUGCCAAUACCUUAGAUCAACCCCAACAAGUACUAAAGGCUAACAACCCCCAGACCAAUUUCCCCCAACCCAUCUUUAAGCCAACUCCUACUCAAUCUAAAAUUCCAAUACCUGCAAAGAAAGCGCAACAACCCCAGCCCGACAAAACAGAAAAUCAGCAAUUCCAAUUGAACCCUACUGACUUUCUGUCCUUCAUUGUAUUUAUAAUAAAUAACUUAGACAAAGAGACUUCCCACUCAAACAGAAUACGCCUUGUAGUUGACGCAGCCAAGCACUGCCUCAACAUUCACGAUAUAGGGGCAGAGAGUCUCCAUCAACGCUUCAAUUAACAACAAUCAAGAAGUAGACAAUAGUAGAUCCCCAAAACCUCUUAGUAUAGUUCAAUGGAACGCACAGUCCAUGAAUGCCCACGGACCAGACUUUUACAACUCAUUUUUUAUAAAGAACCAAUUUACCAUGAAGCCAGAUAUUAUAUGCGUACAGGAAACCUUUUUUCACGAUUACAACGUAUUUAAUAUACCAAAUUACACACAUGUCAUAAAUAACAGGGGUUUCGAAAAAAGAGGGGGACUCGCUAUCUAUAUCCAUAACAGUUUUACUUUUAUAAAUUUUGGAACACCCAUCGAUGAAGAAUACCAAAAAAUAGAUAUAGUUAUAAAUAAUCAGAUUUUCACCCUGAUUAAUUACUACAAUCCAUGCAAAAAAAUCAAUCUAGUAAAUUUAAACAAGUUACUAGAAAAUUGCCAACAAAAUAUGAUAAUAGUAGGCGAUUUCAAUAGCCAUAGUUAUAUAUGGGGCAGUUCCAAAAAUGAUAUAAUGGGAAAGAAAUUAUAAAAUUCAUAGAUCAUAACAACUUAGUACUUUUAAAUGAUGGAACACCAACUAGAAUUGAUCCACAUACAGGAAAUCAUUCGAAUCUAGAUUUAUCCCUUGCAUCAACAACUUUAGCAUCCAAAAUAGAGUGGCAAGUUUUACCUGUUUUAUUCGGCAGUGACCAUUAUGUAAUACAAAUAAAUAUUUAUAUCAAUACAAAUCAAACAAAUAACACAAAAUGUCACAACUCAGAUACAACGUGGUCUUCCAAAAAUGUAAACUGGGAUAUGUAUAAGAAAUAUAUAUCAUCUGAUAUUCAUCCAAUUAAUGUAAACAAUAGCACUAUUCAGGAACAAUAUAAUAUAUUAACAGGCAGUAUUAGAAACGCGGCAGACAAAACCAUGUCCAAAUCACAUAAGAAAAAAACACAUUUUAACCCAAUACCGUGGUGGUCGGAAGAAUGUGAUCGAGCCACAAAAGAAAGAAAUAGAGCAAAAAACAGACUUAACAGAAAUCUUACCCUACAUGAUUUAAUAGAUUUCAAAAAGAAAAAAGCCCUUGCUCAAAAA